AUGGGGAGCCCCUCUGCAAUUAGUGCACUGAGGAGAAUUCUAUCCUCGGAGCAUCCCCAAAUUGUCUUCUUAUCGGAGACAAAGCUAAAAAACCAUGAGAUGGAAAGUGUUAAAAAAAAGCUUAGAUGGGAACACAUACUAGCAGUUGAUUGUGAAGGUGAAGGAAGAAGAAGAAGAGGGGGCCUUGCAUUGAUGUGGAGAAGUACUAUUAAAAUUCAAAUUACAUCCUUUUCAGCAAACCAUAUUGAUGUUAUUGUGGGAGAGGAGGAUCAAGGGGAAUGGAGAUUUACGGGUAUCUAUGGUUUCCCGGAGGAGGAAAACAAGGAUAAAACCGGAGCAUUGAUGAUAGCCUUGGCUCGAGCUACGGAACUUCCGUGGUUAUGCGGGGGAGAUUUUAACCUCCUGUUAACAGCAAAUGAAAAAAAGGGAGGAGAUGGUUUCAAUGCGCGAGAAGCUGACAUUUUUCGGAGAGCUAUGGAAGCUUGCCACUUCAGUGAUCUCGGCUUUGUGGGAUAUGACUUCACGUGGUCAAAUAAUAGGGGAGGUGAUGCUAACAUUCAAGAGCGAUUAGACCGAUUUUUUGCUAACAAUAGCUGGAAAGAUAAGUUCCCGGGAUCCUUUGUCUCGCACCUAACAAAGCGAAAAUCAGAUCACUUACCAAUUGUGAUCAGUGUUAGAACUGCUCAAGCUGCGGGCAGUCGAAGACCAAAAGCAAAACGCUUCAGAUUUGAAGCAAUGUGGCUGCGGGAGGAGGGGAGCACUGCAGUGGUGAAGGAGACGUGGCAUAGAGGUUCGGAUGCGGGUGUAAAUAUUAUACGAACUGCUGGAAAUUGUCGGAAUGGAGUAGGAAAACUUUCGGAAAUGUUGCUAAAGAAAUUCGUGCUUGCCAGCAUCAUAUGA